UUUCAUGGUCGUUCUACUCUCAAAAACCCUAAAGCUAAAACCUUAUUUUUCUUUUUCACAAAUUUUCAAUUUUAUUUAUUUCAAUAAUAUAUAUAUAUAUAUAUAUAUAUAUAUAUAUAUCAAUAUAUAAAUAUAUUUAAAAUAUAACGAUAUUUUCCAGAACCCGAAUUUGUUCCAAAAGAGAAAUAUCAAGAGACGCUACAGAGUACUCUGAAAAAAGAAAAUGAAGCUUAGAAGAAAAGCCCAGGGAGAAAAACCCAGAGAGAAACCUUGAAAAACCGUUUAACCAAUUUUUUUUUUUGGCAAAAUCAGGAAAAAAGAGAAAUUCAAAAAUCAUAGAAUCAAAAAGAUUAUUUUUUUGGGCAUUUUCAGAAUGAUUGAUGGUUGUGAUCAUGAUGCAGCAGCAGCAGAACUCUGCACUCGCGUCGCACCCAAUCAACCCACCUUCCUCCUCCGCCACCACCACCACAACCACAACCACAACUUCUACAACCACCGUAACGGCCACAGUCUCACUUAGAUCACCUACGGUCACUCCCACGCAGUCUCAGCAGCCUUCCCCUCUCUCUCUCGCUCCUCUCUCUUCCCAUCGUCAACCACUUCCUCCUCCUCCGCCGGCGCUGGCAACCGGCGACCAUGCAAUCAGACCCUUGCCGAUUGCCGUUGCGCACCCGGAGCAGACCACUGUGACCAUGACGUGCCCGUUGGCCAGAGUACGGCUCUCGGAGAUCGCACCCUAUGAUGGAGCACCAGUUGGGAACUAUUUGCGGGCUGUGGAGACUCUCUCGGGGUCGUUGAUGAGGCAUAAUGCGGCGGUUAUCGAAUUGGGAUGCGAUGAUGCCGCGUUGAUGAGGUGUGGAUUGGAGGCCGCGAGGUUGUAUUUCAGGAGUAGGGCUCAGCAGGGUGUUGGGAAGGGAAGCCGUGGGGUUUAUAUGUAUAGGGCUGGAAGGGCUUUGGAAGAUUGGGAUUCAUCUCCCCCAUGCAUGGCUGAUAUUUUUAGGUGCAUGGGUAAGGUAUCUCGUGCUGCUCUCUGUGCAAUAGCUAGGCAUCUUCGUUUGCGAAGCGAUGUGUUUAAUCACUUACUAGAUGACACCCCAUUGCCUGCUAGUGAAGUGUCCUCAUCAGUGCUUGUUGCAACGUAUUCAAAUGCUUCUCAAAAUGGAAAAGGUGCUACUGGGGGAGGGAAACAAGGAAUCAAUGGCGAAGUUGAGAAGGGAUUGUUGACAUUGAUUUCUUCUGACAGUCCUGGUCUUCAGGUCUGUGACCCCAAUGGUCGCUGGUACCUAGCAGAUAGUGGGUCAUGUCCUGGAGAUCUUUUACUAUUAACAGGUAAGGCACUUAGCCAUGCGACUGCUGGCCUCCGCCCUGCUGCAUCAUAUAGAACUGCCCCUGAUAACUCAGGCAGUAAUGGUGGUGGGAGGAUAUCUCUAGCAUUUAGACUCAUGCCACAGGGCAAUGCUGUGUUAGAUUGUUCUCCAAUUGCAGCAGCUGGUCAUGUCAUUCCUCAGAGCUAUGUACCAAUAUCUGUUAGCCAGUUCAUGGAUGACCUUUCUGCUGAGGAAGACAUAUUAUGCAAUCGCUCUGAUAAUAAUUAUCUAGCUCGGAACAGUUUGAAUAAGGAACCAUCUUUAAGAAGUGUUCUCUCAGAUCCCUUAUCUGGUGCAUUUCUUGAAGAUGCAAUGGUUGUUUCAUGUGGGCACUCAUUCGGCGGAGUCAUGUUGAGAAGAGUUAUUGAAAUGUCAAGAUGUACCCUUUGCAGUGCAGAAAUUGAGAGUGGAUCUUUGAUCCCUAAUCUUGCUCUUAGAGCUGCUGCUGCAGCUGUCAAGCAUGAGGACAGUCGAAGGUUAUUUCACAAUGCUGCUCUUCGAAAGCGUCGGAAAGAGUUGGGUGACCAAAUGGAUUUAUCAAGAAGAUCAAGCAGGGAGAAUGGAGAUGUUGGUGAUGAUGGAUUCCAACGUGGUGUUCAGUAUCCAUUUUCAGUAAAUGAAAAGGUGGUAAUUAAGGGAAAUAGAAGGACACCAGAAAAAUUUGUAGGCAAGGAAGCAGUCAUCACAUCCCAAUGUCUAAACGGCUGGUACUUGCUUAAAAUUGUUGGGACUGGAGAAAAUGUUCGUCUGCAAUACCGUUCUCUGAGGAAGAUUCUGAAUACACCUGUAGGCGACGACCGAUGCUCCGUACAACCGAUUCAGAGCAGCAGCUCAUAACUUCCUCUUUUUAAAAUUUUUUUUUUUCCCCUAUUUUUUGGCAGUACUAAAAACUCUUCAAAAACCUUUUAUAGUUGGGUACAAAUUGCUAACACUGUAGUUCCUGUUGAGAAAACUGUAAUACGGGUUUCUUUGUAAGUUCUUGUAGUUUAAUAUUUUGUUUAUAUAGAGCCAGAAGAGAGAGUAAGCAGUCCACUCCGUGUCCCUAUAGCUUUAUGUUCAACAGUUGUAAAUGAAAAAUGAAAAGAUGUAGGUAGUUUUGGAUUUUAGUUUAAGAGCUAUAUCUGAUAAAUGAUGUUCUAAUUUUGGCAAAAUGGAAUAAUUCAUUCAUCGUUUUUCUGA